UGCAGCUCAAAUCGUCAUAAACGUAGUAUGGUGGUCCUUUCUUGAAAUUCUAUUUCUACAUAUGAAACCCACGCGCAUGCGUACAUUCUAAAUUACGAUUUGCACAACGGUCUAUCAUCAAAGAUGGCGGGAGCCUCCGACCCACUGGAGGACAUGCUCUUCAAUGAGGUAGACGAAAAAGCUGUAAGCGACUUAGUGGGCUCUUUGGAAUCGCAACUUGUCAGCCAAAAGACUUCGCCCGCCACAUAUUCUAAUAUCAAGCGAGAAGGAUCUACGGGCGCUGUUAGCCAGUUCUCAGGGAAACUGCGUGAUCAAGCGGGGUCUCUGGAGCCGCCACAACAAGGACACCCAAAAGCGGCGUUAAACGCGGAACCCAUCGCGAAUCAGGGGAUGUCCAAUAAGAUUAUCAGCGCUUCCACUUCUUCCAUCACUACUGGGGGUGUUUUAAACGCUAGUACUAAUCUACAAACAUAUGGAGCCGCAUCUCAAACCAUUUCCACCGCACCACCAGGAUCGGUAACUUUGCCUGCUCAGUCGACUAGCUUCAACAGAGGGACUAUUUUGGGUCCUGCUGGCACAUCAGCGGCGACUGUUCCCAAUCCAAACAUCACAACAACAACAACAACUAUCAGGACUGCUUCACCUGGUUUACAGAGUUUUAACGGUAACACUGGAGCUCUGAAGUUGGUCAACUCGCCAGCAGCUUCCCAAGUCGGGUCAGGCAGCAGCACUGUUGUAAGUACUGUCAGUGCGGGCAAUUCCAAUAUCAUUGUGUCCAUGACUUCACAACCUCCUUCUCUGCCAAACUUUACUGGACCCCAACAGUCUGCAGUGGCUACUACUCCCACUAUUGCAUUGCAAAGACAGCCCAGCCCCAUGGCCAUUGCCUCACAGAAUGGAGUAAUAGACCCCAAGGUUUCUGCAGUGGUCACACAGGGUGCAGGUUCCCUAGGGGCCACCACCUCUCAGGUCAUGAACCACAGCAACACUCUCAUGCACACUAAAAUGGUGGCACCCAACCAGCCAGUCUCUGCUGGCCAAUCAAUAAUUCUCGGAGGGUCUCCCCCUCCUGUUGUUGUUAACUCACCAAUAAGCCAGCCACAGAGUGUGGCGAGUCCCACUCUCACAGCUGGGGUGAAACCAACUGUUAAUGGAGUUGGUCAGCCCACAGUGACCAUCGUGAGGCCCCCCGGUGCUCCUGUGAUGGCUACCCCCAUACAGCAGCAGAGACCUGGGCUGUUAGCAAGUACCACGAGGACUGCUGCACCACAGCUGGCCGUCAGACCACCACAAAAGACCACCAUUCAGUUACCCCCUGGAUUUACCAUACCACCCGGUAUGGUGCUGGUGCGUACGGACACGGGACAGCUAGUGAUGGUGACUCAGCAGGUUCUAGCCCAGGCCCAGGCUAAGACCCAACAAGGCCAGGCUGCUGUCUCCAACAUCUCCCCCCAGCCUGGAAUCCCCACCGCUGGGGCCAACAUCAGAGUUAGCACUCCCAACCAGGCCCCUGGUACGCCCCAGGCUGUCCGUCUGGCGUCCCCUUUCCAGGCAAGAAUGGCCCAGUCCCCCUCUCCCUCUAGCCCUGCUAUACAGAAGGCCAUAACCGUGGCACCUGCGGGUGCGUCUGUGUCAGUGAAAAUGACCACCCCUCAGAAGGCCCAGUCUGUGAUCACAGGGGGCCAGGCCUUGGUCAAGCCUGGUGCUGUACGGCCCACUAUCACCCUGAACACUGCAGCAGCCAGUGCCUCUGGAAGCCCUAUUGCAACAGUCUCCCAGGAAAUGCAGGAGAAUGUGAAGAAGUGCAAGAACUUCCUGUCCACCCUGAUCAAACUGGCGUCCCACAACUCCCCCUCCCCUGACACAUCUAAGAACGUCAAGACCCUGGUGCAGGAUCUACUGGAUGCUAAAAUCGAGCCUGAGGAAUUCACCGCGAGUCUGCAGGCUGAGCUGAAAUCCUCUCCACAGCCGUACCUCAUCCCCUUCCUCAAGAAAAGCCUCCCUGCCCUGCGGCUGUCCCUUCUCAACAACCAGCAGUCUCUUCUGGCCUCCACCUCCGCUUCUGCCCUGGCCGUGCCCUCCACCUCCACCAUCAGGCCCCGGCUCCCCACCACCAUCAGCCCCGCCACAGGCAUCGUCAGGUCACCUACCACUGCCCUGGGUGUGAGAAGACCAGGGGUCCAGGGGGUCCAGACCCGCAUGCCCAUGGUCAUCACUCAGACUAUACGACCGCAAGGCGUAGUUACAAGAGGACCCUCUAUUAUCCCGGGCAGAAGUCCUGUGGGCAUUGGUGCCCAGGCCUCUGCCAAUCAGAAGAAGCUGAAUGAGCCUGGAGGUGGGACGUUCAGAGAUGACGAUGACAUCAAUGACGUGGCGUCCAUGGCGGGGGUAAACCUGAACGAGGAAAACGCCCGCAUCAUGGCCACCAACUCUGAGCUGGUGGGCACCAAGAUCCGCUCCUGUAAGGACGAGGCCUUCCUCCCGCCAGGCCUGCUGCACAGACGCAUCAUGGAGGCUGCCAAGAGAUUUGGGGUGACCGAGGUCCCAGCUGAGACGGUGAACUACAUCUCCCAUGCUACCCAGGCCAGGCUGAGAUCCAUGCUGGAGAAAGUGUCCACUAUCGCCCAGCACCGCACCGACGGGGGCAAGGAUGAGGAAUGGUAUGAGCCAUCGACAGACGUCAGGGCCCAGCUCCGCUUUUUUGAGCAGCUGGAAAGGAUGGAGAAACAGAGGAAGGACGAACAGGAGAGAGAGGUCCUACUUAAGGCUGCCAAGAGUCGCGCUAGACAGGAGGACCCAGAACAAGCUCGGUUGAAGGCGAAAGCUAAGGAGAUGCAGCAGGCGGAGCAGGCCCAGAUCCGGCAGCGUGAAGCCAACCUCACUGCCCUGGCUGCCAUCGGGCCCCGCAAGAAACGCAAGAUGGACUCGCCAGGGGGCUCCACAUCGGGCACAGAGGUUGCUUCGGGUUCAGGGGAUGGCUCUUCCACAGCUGCCUCCUCCCGCCAACAGCUCCGUCAGCGGAUCACGCGAGUCAACCUCAGGGACUUUAUCUUCUGCCUGGAGCAGGAGAGGGCCACAUCCAGGUCCUUAUUGCUUUAUAAAGCUCUCCUGAAGUAGUGAAGUCCCUCAGGGUUCAGUACUCAGUUAAUUACACAUUCUUACUGUUCUACACAGCUCUCCUGAAGUAGUGGGGGUACCACAAGGUUCAGUACUCAGCCCAUUACAAAUCCUUACGGUUCUUCACAGCUCUCCUGAAGUAUGACGUCCUACAGGGUUUAGUACUCAGCCGGCCCGUUACAAAUCCAUAAGGGUUCUCUAGUCGACCCAAUAAAAAUCUUUACUGUUCUACACAACUCUCCUGAAGUAGGGCGUCCACAAUGAUUCUGUACUCGACCUGAUGCAAAUCCUUACUACUCGAUAAGGCUCUCCUAACGUAGGGGUAACACAGGGCUUUGUACUAUGCCCGUAACACAUUUGUGAUAAGUAAAGUUUCCCCUUUGCCCCCAUCUCUACACAUGUCUUCAUUCCCAUUCUGCAUUAUCAAAUAGCCCCCCCCAUCUCUACACACACCCUCAUUCCCAUACCACACUAUCAUAUAUCACCCCUUGCAUCUGAAGCUAAGCAACCCCACACCACCCUAACGUUGCUCCCAGAUCAUACUGCCCCUUAGGACAGGUACACUGGCUACUCUUUCACUUGGCCACAUCCUUGUUUUUACAUCACGUCUAGUCUCAUUCACUAGCUGUGUGCUUUACAACGCUGAGAGCCUAGAAGCUGGCAGGUGGGCACACAACAGCAUGUUUUUAAAACCAUGACUCCUAUGUACCUCGAGAUGCCUUGAGUCUCUGUCCCAAUUUGUUGCAACGCUCUCAAACAACCUACAGUAGUAAUAUUUAUGUUGGGGUCCUUGCUAUUUAAGCCUAAUGAUUUGCUACUAAGGAUGUUACAUCACAUCAUAUUUAGACUUGGACCAACAGGAUUGUUUGGUCACCGUGGUCAGGAUCUGUGCUCUCCAGGGGCCUUAUUUAUCAACUGUGCGUACAUUUCUUACUAAAUUCUGGCAUACCUGGAGAUUGUAGGAUUUCUGGCAUACUUGGAGAUUGAUAAAUCCUACAAAUUGUCCCAUGCAACACAUACGCAUGUUUUCAGUGAUAAAUCAGAACGAAAUUACAUGAUAUAUUUUUAACAAAAUGCCCUCAUUAUAGCUGUAUGAUUUGGAAAUGUUGGAACUGGGCCAUGUCCUUUUCUAAAAGAAAGCUGAAUAGCAAAUUUGAUUACAUUUUUGUAGAGGUGUGGGCAGAAUGUUUUAAUCUUUUGCAGUCUUUUGAAAAUAAAAAUGCAUUCUGCCUAUUGCGAGUACCAAACACUGGUCGUGCAUUCUGCAAGAUUGAUUGUCUAUUGAACAAUUUAAAAGUAAAUGUUGCCUACAGCCCACAUGAAUUGUUGUUCAAUAUGUUGUUUAUCAAUACAUUGUGUUUCUGAGAUUAAAUAGGCUAUGACAUCACACUCCUAUCGCACAGCAAUACUGUAGACUACCCAUACUGUCAUAGGUUACCAGCCUAUUUGCUUUUGAGCAUGGUUGGCUAUUGAAUGAGCAAUGAAUAAAUGGUAGCCAUUAUUAUAAUUCCUGUGCAUCAAACACCUCAAUUUCCCCCAAAAUAACAAUCUUUGCUUGCAAUACAGUUGAUCGACCAUUAGAAGUUGUACCUACGCAUGGUCUGAGAUUUAUGUGGAGAUGCACUUCAAAUUCAAAAUGGAUAAAUACCAACCUUUGCGGGAAAACUGGCCCACACAAGGUGUAGUAAUUUUUCUGUGCGCACAUACCUUUGAUAAAUGAGGCACCAGGUCAAAGCCUACAAACACUGAUCUGUGUUAUGUAUGUUUUCCCCAACAUAUUGAAGAAGAAGGAACCUUUUCAAAAUGAAAGAUAAUGUUUGCAUAUUAUGUUCUGGGCAAGUACUGAGUUUGGGGGGGAAAAACAACUCAUAUUGUAACAUGUUUUAAAGGUAGACUCAGCGAUAUGACAUAGAUGCAGAAAGCGAACCGCAGUGGGUCAAUUUCCUCAACAACUAAGAGCGUUGACGUGUGAGGCUCAACUUCUCCACUGUUUUGGUCCCUCGGCUACCAUGCUUUGAACAGCGUGAAGCGAAUCCAUGCACAUGCGCAGAUACUGUAUGACUGCAUCUUGCUCAUCUCAAUAUCUGCUGCUCGUGGCAAGAUCAUUUCUCUGAGUCUACCUUUUUAAUUUACCAAACAAUAAGAUGAAUGUUGUAUAGAAUCUUAUUGUUUUGAUAGUGGUCAGAUAAAUGUACCAGGAAGUACUGUGAUGCCUGCUAUUAAAACACAACGUGUAUACAUACUAGUUCCAGACCUGGAUCCAAUACUUUCAAAUAUGAAAUAUGAGCUCGAUUUAGAUUGCCUGGUACAACAGAACCCAUGGAAUAGUACCAUUUAUAAAUGCAAACCCCAAGCUAAAUCAAGCCCACCUUAAUUACUUGCAAGUAUUUGACCCAGGUUUGGCUGGUAUAAUGGUACUUUAGGGUUCCUAUUACUAUUGGCAGAAGAGUGAAACAUCUUAAGAUUUUUUUUGUUUUGUUUUUUUGUGUGUUAUAAAAAAUUGUGAGCCAAUUCUAAUAUUCUAUUCAAUGGUUCAUAGCAUAAACUAAUCUCUCCUAUUGUAGACGUGAAUCUAGAUUAAUUACCAGGAUCCAUUUAAAGAUAUAAGUAUCAUUAUUCAGAUUCAACCUCAUCACAGAACACAGGGAGCUGGCUCUCUUAUACACUCACUCAGGCUAAUCAACAAUUUUAAUGAAGAUGACAAUUAACAAUGCGGUCAUAAUAUUGAGCACCAUUCCUAUAUAGUUUUGUCAAGACCUGAAAUUCCAUCCGGAACUUUUUAAUCAACUAAAAAGUCUAUCACUUGCAGAAGUUUCAGCACCACUUAACAAUAUCUAUUAAGUGAUUGACUUUUAAUGCUGAUGAUCAACAUCAAAAUGUCAAUCUGUCGCGGCGAUCUGUCAAGUAUUUUUUUAUAAUGCUAAUGGGAUACUACUG